AUGUUUGCAGAAGAGUUAGGAGGCAAUACAAACCGACGCAGACAAGAGGAGCAAAGAAGUCGCCGUAGAAAGGCGAAGUUGCAGAAGAAGAAAGAGGAGACAGAGAAAGCUCGACCAGCAAGCUUACAAGAGAAGUCAGAUGUUGUUUCUCAUGUCAUCACCCAACCGAAACCUCUGCCAAUUACUCCAUCCGAGUCUGCUGACUUUCAGCCAACAGCGGUUUCCAAUGCAUUGCAGCUGCGGGUCGAGCGGCAGGCGAAACAGAAAUUGGAUACUUCUGUGCGGAAGCUUCAGUCAUUUUACCGAAUGCAUCGAUCCAAUUCGAAACUACUUCAGAGCGUCACGACGACGCUCAAGAAACAUAUCACCGAUCUAGAGAAGCUGCAGCUCUUGCUGAACAAAAAUUUACCGAGAAAGUCUUACGUCCUUCCUACAGCAACGAGCACAGCGCUGUGCCAGCAGUUACUCUUCAUUACAACGAGUCUUCCAUAUAAGAAUCGAACUAGGUCUGUAAGUCUUCGAAAUGUGAAAGCCACGUCGCACCUGCUGAGGAAAGCAGUCGAGCUUGUUUUUCUUCCUGAAAUUUGUAACACAGAUGACAGCUCCAAUACAUUUUCAGAAUGGUUGCAAUCCCUGCAAGGACAAGUUCGCCUUCAAAAUCUUUUGAGAUUGUGCUUGUGUGUUUUGACAACAAGCUGCGACGAUGCAAUACAGGGUACCUGUUGUGAGUUUAUACUGUCAAUGACAGCAGCAGGCACCGACAGCAGGGCUCCCUCAACUGUUGUAGAAGUUUACCGAAAAUUUCUCCUACCAGUGUCUACUCCCCGACUUGGUACCUGUGUGGAAAAGACUUCAAGGGGCAGCAAAACUGCGAAGCCAUUAUUAUUUUGGCAGCUAGGUUCUCCCCUAGAUAUGAUUUCCAUUCUACGACAUUUUCUUCUGCUUUCGACAGGAGAUGGUCCAAUACCAACCAUGGCGAAUGACAUUGGGGAAUCUUGCAUCAAAGCUGAAGAACGAGGUAUUGCUAGCUGUUUGAUGAUUACAAUACUGAAGGCAACAGAAGGGGCAAGUACCAGUAAUGAAAGGCACUCUCUGCUCCAAAGACUAUUGACAGAAAUAUACACGAUCCCUUUACUCUCAUGGCGAGUCACAUCAGAUUGUCUGCUGUUCAAGGGUAGCCUUGAUCAAUCCAAGCUGCUUGUCGCAACUAUGAUUGAAAAGUUCACAGAGCGUUUCUCUGACACUUUAAAUACAGGCAAGAUUCAAUCGUUAUUUCCCAAUGAUGUUUCACUGUCGAUCUGUAAUGCGACACCAAUGCAAUCUUUGUUAGCUAAUCUGAUGCAAAUUGGGCAUGCUUCUGUUGCGUUGAACGGAGUGGACGUUUGGAGGCUCGACUUUGCAAUGGCCGCAACUUUCUACGAGUUUAUCGCCACGCUUGUUGACGCUAUCCCCCUUGGUACAUUAGCGACAAAAGAUUCGGUUGUUGAAUGGCUUUCUGAUGGGAAAGGUCGUGAGACUUGUAUUCUAUUGAAUCCAGUUGUCAUGAGGCAGUGUCGAAUGGUGCUGUCACCAUCCAUCGUCCGUAGACUGUUUCUAUGCGCGAUCGAUCAGGAGAAUCUGAAGAUAAAGGAAGUGCUGUGCUCAAAAACUCAAAAGGACUUGAAGCAAGAAAGGGAGCUGGAAGAAGCGGGCUCAAGUGCAGUUUCUCUUGCUGCAAAAGAAGCCAAGAUUGACCGGAGCAAGUCGUUUUGGAAAAGCAGCACCUGGGCGAAGAAAGCAUCUAUUGAGGUUUCUAAGAUGCUCUCGGGGGAUACGGCCAGGGCAAAAGGAAAUCUCCAACCAAAGCAAGCGCCAGCUAUUGAUUCAAAUGGGUCUAUGGUGCGUUGGAAAUACUCUCCAGCUUUGCUAAAGGUGUUAUGUCGCCUAUAUGGAAUUGUGAUUGGGAGGUGGGGAGGAUUUGGAGGUGAAGAUUAUGUGAGGCGUCUUCAGAAAAAUGACAAUGGGAAAUCGAGACCUGUCGCAACGCGAGCUCCAGACGUGUGCAGCCAGUCCCUUCUGAAUGUAAUUUGUUUUUCGACAAGCGUUACCGAAACUACAUGGGGCAUGCUACAAGGAGAAAAGGAUUUCACGGCCAGUUUAAAUGGUGUGGUUAGUUCAACAAAAGAGAAACUCCCAGUUCGAUGCCUGUCAAUUCGUCCUCGCUAUGGAAAGGAGAAGAAAUAUCAAACAAGGACAGAUUCUGCUGCUCUGCUCUUUCUUUUUGUUUCCUCGCUUUCUCACACCUUAAUCAUCACUGAUGAUACAGAGGUUCAUGAAAUGGAAAAACCAUUACCAUUGCAUCAGCUUCGAAGAUGUGUCGAACUAUUGAAGCAGCUGCUGUACCAGGCUUGUUGUAUUGAUGACGUUGGAGAUUCAAAUACUUCAAUCUUGCAGUCUGACUAUUUUGGAUUGGCAUUAAUCAACUCUACGGCAAAAACAAUGCGAGACUUGUAUGAUCGGUCUAGUCGGAGACCCAUAUCAACACCAAAGUUAUGGCUCAUUGACGAUCUACUGGAAAAGGACAUCAAAAAGAGCAAAACAGAACAGGACUUUGUUGCGUUGCUGAACACCCCUGUGCUCAGAAUUUGCCCUUUCCUUGUUUCCUUCAAACGUCGACUGAAACUAUUUGAUCGAAUUGUAUACAAAAAUCGAGUAGCAAUACAAGGGGAAAGCAGCACUAACCCAUUUCACACUAAUCCCUUAAAACCUGGGAUUCCUGUUCGUAUUACAAGGGGCAGGAUACUCGAAGAUGGUCUAAAAACAAUGAACAACCUUGGCGCAAACAUGAGGCAAAGAAUUGCAGUUCAAUAUUAUAACAAGGCAGGGAUGAAGGAAGCCGGUAUAGACGCUGGUGGUUUAUUCAAAGAGUUUUGGACAGAUUUGAGCACAGUCGCCUUUGACCUGGGAUAUGGCCUCUUUCGCAUGACAGAAGACAAUUGCAUGUAUCCCAGUCCCUUAUCAAAGGCGGUCCAUGGCCCUGACCACAUAGUUCUGUUUGAAUUCCUAGGUCGAAUUCUUGGGAAAGCACUAUACGAAGGCAUAACAAUGCAGCCUCAGUUUGCCCAUGUCUUCUUGUCAUUUCUGAGGGGGAACUACAACUAUUUCCACAUGCUGUCAGACCUAAGUACAAUUGAUCGAACUCUACAUAACAACAUUAUGUUUCUCAAGACAUAUGAGCAUGAUGCUGAAGACCUUUGUUUGACUUUUUCUAUUGCAAAUGAUGACUUUGGGCAGAACAAUGAGAUAAAUCUGAUACCAAAUGGAAGUGAAAUCCCUGUCACCAACGAGAACAAACACCACUACAUUGGACUAUUUGCAAAGUAUUUUGUGAAUGAUCGCAUCAAGGAUCAGUGCGAAGCUGUCAAGCGAGGCCUCUUUGAAGUACUUGAUCCUUCUUGGCUGCAAAUUUUCAAUGAGCCAGAGUUGCAGGUUCUAAUUAGUGGCCCCUCACAGGGAGAACUAGAUAUCAGUGAUCUAAAGUCAAAUUGUCGCUAUGCGGGGGGUUUUACCAGCAUUGAUCCAAACGUAAACAGGUUUUGGAAGGUUGUUAGCUCGUUCAGCUCGGAAGAACAAGCUUGUCUGCUCCGAUUUGUGACAAGUUGCGAGAGGCCCCCCCCUCUCGGUUUUUCUUCCUUGAACCCACCGUUCACAAUUCAGAGAGUUGGAAUCCUUCGUGACGGCGACAAGUUACCUGCAUCAAGCACUUGUUUCAAUGUACUAAAGCUUCCGACUUAUAGCAGCCAAAAGGUCAUGAGGGAACGAUUACUAUUUGCGAUUCGUUCCGGAGCUGGAUUUGAACUGGCUUAA